AUGAAGUUAACAGCCCUUUCCUUAGCUGCUAUCGCCGCUUCAACCAACGCAACACCACUAAGCAUUCGCGGCCUGUUCGGUGGCAAGGACAAGAGCGACAAUCAUGAACAACAUGAGGUUAAGCUUUUGGGACACACUGAGCCAACUACCGAGUACAGGACCUUCAAAGAUGUCGAAAACGUACCGGCACACGUCAAGAAGGACGAUUACCCUUUGCCAGUUUGCAAGGACGGUAUUAAGGAGAGAAGAAACUAUGCCUCAUUAUCAUAUGAGGAGCGCAAAAACUUCGGUGAUGCCCUCAAGUGUAUGCAGCAGAAAGAAUCACUCAACUUGGACGGUUACAAGAUGACUGAUCGCAUUGCAGACUUUAUCAGAUUGCACCAAUGGCCAGGCGCUGAUGUUCACUGGGUCGCCUCUUUCCUACCAUGGCACCGUGGUCUUACUCUGAUUUACGAACAACAACUUCAAGAAUGUGGAUAUGAUGGCUUGUUGCCAUACUGGGCUUGGGAGAAUGAUUUCGCAGAUGUUACUAAGGCCCCUGUUUGGGAUGGUGACAUGGAUGCGGGUUUAGGAUCACUUGGUCACACAGACAUGGACAGACCACUCAAUGCCUCAGCCGUCGUCGAUGGUGUUUUUGCCAACUACGACAUCACAUACACCUAUGACCACAAGAUUGGUAGACGUCUUCGCAGCAACUUCUACCCAGGUGGACCAAACAUUGCAGGAAAGUACUUUGAGUACGGUAGAUCACCAGAGUGGAUUCAAUACUACCAAUCAUUCGAUAAUUACUUAAACUUCUCCACCUUGCUUGAAGGUUACGAUCCUCUUGACCCACGUGCAUUUUUGGGACCAAGCUCACACGGUUCUAUUCACUUGUUGACUGGUGGUGACAUGGCAACAGGUGACACCAACAACACCUCUCCAGCCGACCCAUUGUUCUUCUUGCACCACGCAAACGUUGACAGACACUGGAUGGCAUGGCAAAUGAGAGACAAAGAAAACAGACUCUACGCCUACGAAGGAAACACUCAGUACGAUUUCACAACCGGUAUCAGAGCAGGCAUCAACGCGGAUGAAGAUCAAGUUUUAUACUAUGGCUCAGCACCAGGAUCAAAGAACAUUGCGGUUAAGCACUUACUUUCUCCUGAGGACUCUUGGUGUUACACCUAUACCGAUCUUGACAAGGUCAUUCCAAAGUUCUGGGAAGCACGUACAGACGCUUUCUCAGGUGCUGGUGAGAUUGAUCAAGAUGCUGUGAACCCUUAA